UGGAAGUCAUAGGGGGAGCUCACCAGUCAACAUGGAUGGUUGUGAGAGAGAUGUAAUUCAGAUCAAAUGGAAGUCUGAGGAAUCUUCUAAGUAAAUGACUUCUCCGGCUGCAAGGAGAUCAGGAGAUAAUCAGGUGCCCAGAGGCUCCGGUAUUGGUGUCUUACCUUCUCCAUGGCAUUUCUGGUGUCUUCUCCUGGGGUCUCGUUGGCCAGCCUUGAAAUACAUGGAAAUUAGAGAAUCCACUGCAUAUAGUCUUCUUGGAAAUUUCCAUCGUAUCUGCUCAGAACUUUCUGAAUAAGCAUACAGAUUUGAAGGUGCUAACAAGCAGGGAACAAGCCGAAAGGACCGGAGGUAGGUGAGAAGAGGCCAUGGAACAUCCACCGAGCAGAUAAUCAUCGCGGGACCCUUGCGAAGUGUCUGAAUGUAGACUGCAGAAGUCCUGAAGGUUGAUGGAGGGCCAUGCUAUUCAAACAGCAGGCGUGGCUCAGACAGAAGCUGCUCGUGCUGGGAAGCCUUGCGGUUGGGAGUCUGCUGUAUCUAGUCGCCAGAGUUGGGAGCUUGGAUAGGCUGCAGCCCAUUUGCCCUAUCGAAGGCCGAUUCGGAGCCCGCAGCCAGGCCGAAUUCCCUCUCCGAGCCCUGCAGUUUAAGCGUGGCCUGCUGCACGAGUUCCGGAAGGGCAACGCUUCCAAGGAUCAGGUUCGCCUUCAUGACCUGGUCCAGCAGCUCCCCAAGGCCAUUAUCAUUGGGGUGAGGAAAGGAGGCACCAGGGCCCUGCUGGAGAUGCUGAACCUCCAUCCAGCUGUGGUCAAAGCCUCUCAAGAAAUCCACUUUUUUGACAACGAUGAGAAUUAUGCCAAGGGCAUUGAGUGGUACAGGAAAAAGAUGCCUUUUUCCUACCCACAGCAAAUCACCAUUGAAAAGAGCCCGGCGUAUUUUAUCACGGAGGAGGUUCCGGAAAGGAUUUACAAAAUGAACUCAUCCAUCAAGUUGUUGAUCAUUGUCAGGGAGCCAACCACAAGAGCUAUUUCUGAUUACACUCAGGUGCUAGAGGGGAAGGAGAGGAAGAAUAAAACUUACUACAAGUUCGAGAAGCUGGCAAUAGACCCCAAUACCUGCGAAGUGAACACAAAGUACAAGGCCGUGAGAACAAGCAUCUACACCAAACAUCUGGAACGGUGGUUAAAGUACUUUCCGAUUGAGCAAUUUCACAUCGUCGAUGGAGAUCGCCUCAUCACGGAACCUCUGCCAGAACUUCAGCUCGUGGAGAAGUUCCUAAACCUUCCCCCGAGGAUAAGUCAAUACAAUUUAUACUUUAAUGCCACCAGAGGGUUUUACUGUUUGCGAUUUAACAUUAUCUUUAAUAAGUGCCUGGCGGGCAGCAAGGGGCGCAUUCAUCCAGAGGUGGACCCCUCUGUCAUUACCAAGUUGCGCAAAUUUUUUCACCCUUUCAAUCAAAAAUUUUACCAGAUCACUGGGAGGACAUUGAACUGGCCCUAAAAUAGUAAGUCCUAUAACACUAUGUGUUGUGGCUGGAGACACACAAUGUCUCCUCUAGAUUAAAAUAUGCACUUUUCUUAGACACAACUAUCCAAGUCAUUUUUUCCAUGUAUACUUGUACAUACACAGUGUGUGACCAAAUAUGAGAUCAAUUCUUUUUCUAUUGAAAAGUUACAAUAAUUAAUUUGCUCUCCAACUAGUUGCAUCUUUUAAGCUAUUUACAAAAAGAAAAGGUGGUGGUAUUGGGGGAAAGUGACUUCAGCUCUUCUCAAAAAGCUUAGUCUUCCUUUGAGUCAGAAUUUGUCGCCCGCCAUUUUCAUAGAGUUAAGCCAAAAGAUUAUGUGUGAAAACGUACCAAUGGCUGUGAAGCUUCGGGAAGUAGAGGACCCACUUAUGCAUUCUUUUCGAAGGGAAAGCUGGCUCUUUAGUUCAGCUACUGAAUCGGUGCCGUGAAAACAGAAAAUACUGUUUUCUUAUUAUUUGAAAGAAUGUCAUAUCUCAUAAAAUUGACAUUGUCCCAAAGCUCCUGUGGUGAUUUUGCACUAUUGUUUUCUCGUAUAGAUCAUGGUGUCACUUGUAGCAUGUCAAUCACACUUUGGAAAGUUAAAGUCCGUUUACUUCCAUGUUCUAUGUCAACAAAGAGAAAUGUCAUGUACAUAAUGUAUAUUGUUGUAAAUACUGGUUUCACACUAAGUAAUUCUAUUUUGUAAACGAAUAUGGCUAUUUAAUUUAUUGUGAAAAUUAAAUUUAUCGUGGUAUUUAAAAAUGGAAUGGAUUAAAAUUACUCUAUGUGCAACCUUUUUUUUUUUUUUUUUUUAACUCAUUUUGUUUUACACGCCCCCUGCUGGCUCCCCAAAUCGAAGCUGUUCCUGUGCGAAUGAGCACGCUUGGAAAGAUAACGCUUCUCCGCUGGAUUUCUGUACCCUUGUGAAAAUGUUUUUAUGAAGUGAGGUUGAAUAUAUUAAAAAAAAAAAAAACUCAGCCAUCUGGAAAUCUAGUCAUAGAGCCACCUCAAAGAAUACUAGCUCUUCUGCUACAACUUUGUAACAAUUAAUUUACAUGCAAUUGCUUCUGUGUCAGGAGAGAGACAGAAAUAUUUGAACAUAAUCAAGGCAUAGAAGAAUCACAAUUUUAUUUGAACCUCUAAUCAGAGUCAGACCAGUGGAGAAAUUAAAUAAAAUAAGAUUAGGAAACUUGUGUGGCCUCUGUACUGAAAGCUGCUGAUGCUUCACAAAUGAAUACAAACUCUCAGAACUCCCUCUUUGAGAUGAAAAAAAAAAAAAAAAAUCAGUCUGCUCAGAAAUGAUCAAAUGCAUAGUGCUGCUGUUACUAACGUAAACAUAUGGCUUCUAUUUCCAUCCAGAGAAAUUAAUGCUAAAUUGGGUGUGUGCUAAUAUCAGAUACUCUGUAUCAUGCUUAAAUAUAGUUCCGAAAAGCCUGGAAAGAGGUGUGUCAACAGCAACACAAAGACGGAUUUUUUCCCAAUCAUGGCUACUUAUCCGGUAGAAGAUGUUUGAGUGUUUGAGGGAGUUUUGUUCAACAUCACCUUGAGUGUGCCUAGAGAAAUCAGCGAAUUACAAUGGGUUCCCUUUUGAUUGUAAUAAGUGUUGAUUUUCUCCAUGAGUUGUUUCUCCUGUCCAGUGACUUGAUGGUGAACUUUUCUAAAUAAAUAGCCCUUUCCCCUCUGG